AUGGCAGCUAACAUACCUCAAUUCAAACUCAACAAUGGCGUCCUGAUGCCCAGCGUCGGCCUGGGGUGCUGGAUGGGAUCCCCGGGUGGCGGUGAGAAGGUCUACCAGAUGGUCUCGACCGCUCUCAAGGCGGGCUACCGGCACGUCGACACGGCUGAUGGCUAUGGAAACGAGGAGGAAGUGGGUCGUGCUAUCCGGGACUCGGGCAUCCCACGCAAGGAGAUCUUUGUCACGACGAAGCUCAACAACACCGACCACCACCGGGUCAAGGAGGCCUUCGAGCGCUCCCUGAAGGCCCUCGACAUCGAGUACAUCGACCUCUGGCUGAUGCACUGGCCCCAGGGCUUGCAGGACGGCCGCAGCCUCAAGCCCGACGAGAGCCCCACGUACAGCGAGACCUGGGCCGAGAUGGUCAAGCUCUACGAGGGCACGGGCAAGGUGCGCGCCAUCGGCGUCUCCAACUUCGGCGUGCCCAUCCUCAAGUCUCUGCUCGCGACGACCAAGGUCGUCCCCGCCGUGAACCAGGUCGAGCUGCACCCCUGCCUGCCCCAGGAGAACCUGCGCAAGUUCUCCGCCGACAACGGCAUCGUCGUCACUGCGUACUCGCCCAUCGGGCAGCCGGCCCCCGGCCAGGUCUCCCCCCUCCUCACCGACGAGACUGUGAAGGAGGUCGCCAGGAAGCACGGCGUCACCGAGGGGCAGGCCUUGCUCAGCUGGGGUGUACAGCACGGCAUUGUUGUCGUCCCCAAGAGCGAGAACCCGGAGCGUAUCAAGGCCAAUAUCAGCCUUGUAAAACUCGACGAUGCGGAUAUCAAGGCCAUUGAUGCUGUGCACAAGAAGCCUGACUUGCACCGCAGUCUGCUGAACUACCACAGCCCUGACGGGUCUGUUUUUGGAUGGACGUACGAGCAGAUGGGCUGGGAAUUGGAAGUUGGCGGCAAGGCGAAGGCAUAA